AUGCGCAUCGCUCCAGGGCUCUUGGUCUGGCCACUGUCGCUCCUUAGCCUAGUGUCGGCUUUCCCCGGAUCAAUGAAUGGCCACAAUGGCCACUCAGGACAUCAUCAGGGCUUGCACAAGCCUUGCCCAUAUGCCAAUAUUCAGGACCAAGCCAAGCCGAAGACGGAACAUGAAAAGCGGUUUCUCUUCAGUUUGAUGAAAUCGCCUGUUGACGUUACCGGCGAACAUGCAUUCCAACCCCCUGAUUUUGAAAACGGUGACCAGCGAGGCCCCUGUCCAGGUCUCAAUGCACUGGCAAAUCAUGGGUAUAUUCCGCGGAGCGGAGUGGUAUCGUUCACAAACGUGGUUGCAGCAAUCAACAAAGUGUAUGGCAUGGGCGUCGAUCUCGCCACCAUCCUUGCGAUCAUGGGCACCGUCUGGACCGGUGACGUACUGUCCCUCGAUCCCAGCUUCUCCAUCGGUGGUCCCGAUACUGGCGUUAACAACCUGCUGAACAACUUGGGUGGCGUCCUCGGCGAACCCCAAGGCUUGAUUGGCUCGCACAACUUCAUCGAAGCAGACUCCUCCAACACUCGUGACGACCUCUACGUUACCGGAAACAGCUGGACACUGAAUAUGGACAAGUUCAUGGCUUGGUACAAUAUGUCUACCGACGGCACCUACGACAUGAGUCUCAUGGCCAAACGCGCAAAGAUCCGUAUGGACGAGACUAUUCAUACAAACCCGGAUUUCUACUAUGGACCUGUGACGGGGCUCAUUGCGCGCAACGCCGGUUACAUCUUCCCAGGUCGGCUGUUCCGAAAUCACUCUGCUGAAAAUCCAGAGGGAACACUGACUAAGAGCCACCUCCGGAGUUUCUAUGGUAUUUACGGCCCGGAACACAACCUAACCUACCGCGAAGGAUGGGAAAGGAUUCCCGAAAACUGGUACAAGACUCCUGUGGACUACGGACUCAUCUCACUUAACUUGGAUGUCAUUGACUUUAUAUUGAAAUAUCCAGAACUCGGAAGCAUUGGAGGGAACUUGGGUGAAGUAGACAGCUUUGCGGGAGUUGAUCUAGGGGAUUUGACAGGUGGUGUCUUGAACCUGGCCGGUCUGCUGGAGGAUAACAACUUACUGUGCUUCGUGACUGAGGUACUGAAGUUCGCCAGCCCCAACGCGCUUGCAGGGAUAUACUCGACCGUGGCCAAGCCGUUAGAGUUCGUCGCUAAUAUCCUCGCUGUGCCUUUGCUCAACCUUACUUGUCCGGCAUUCCAGGAUCUUCAGAUGGGAGGGAAGCCACUAUGGGAAGCCCUUCAAGACAAUUUCCCCGGUGCUAUGAAGAGCAAUCGUGCUCUUUAG